CCCGGAAGUGCUAGGGCUGUUACAGGAACAGCCUGAUUUAAAAAAAUGACUUUGACUUCUAAUAGUUACUCUUUUGCUGGCCUAACAAUUAGUUGAAUGCAAUAUUUUCUGUAUUGUUUACAUGAAUUAUUCGAGGACAGUUAAGUAAUUUUGUAUUUGGAUUUGUGGAAAUCAUGAUUACGCGGACUUUAUGGCACAUGUGCUUGAAGACUGGAGGCCAGCCUUGGUUCACGUUACGAUUUCACAGCACAGUGCCAGCUGUUUUUGAAGAUGGCAGUAAAGCAGGCUUCAUCAUCAAAUCAGUGUCAACAAAUAUUUUUGAAAAUUUGGCUUUGGAGGAUUGGAUUCACGAUAACAUAGAUCUUCAAAAGCGAAGCAUACUCUAUAUCUGGAGGAACACACCGACCGUUGUUAUCGGCAGACACCAAAACCCAUGGCAGGAAUGCAAUCUCAAAAUGAUGAGAAAUAUUGAGAUACCACUUGCAAGGAGACGCAGUGGGGGUGGCACGGUUUUCCACGAUUUGGGCAACAUUAACAUGACGUUCUUUACGUCUAAGAAAAAAUACGACAGACACAGAAAUCUCUCUGUAGUGACCAACGCCUUAAAAAAGCUGCGACCAGAGCUAGAUGUGCAGUCAACUGAGAGAUUUGAUAUCUUACUCAAUGGACAGUACAAAAUCUCCGGAACUGCUGCCAAACUGGGUCGCAAUUCUGCCUAUCAUCACUGUACGUUGCUGUGUUCUGCAGAUCGAUCUGUGCUGUCAUCAGUACUUAAAAGUUCUUCUCAGGGAAUCAAAAGCAAUGCAACUCCAAGUGUUCCAUCUCCUGUGAAAAACCUUUUUGACGAAGACUCUACUUUGGACUCUGACACCAUUAUGACAGCUCUGGCGUGUCAAUACAACGAUGAAUUUGGAUACGAUAGUGUUGUUUACGCUGUUCAUCCAGGUGACGAGGAGUGUUGGCCAGGUAUUCAGAACAUGGCCCAAGAACUUCAGACUUGGGAGUGGGUUUACGGGAAAACCCCUAAGUUUAGUGUUUGCACUAGUUUCGAUAUCCAAAGUGAGUCAUCAAGAGCCAAUGUCAUGUUAAAUCUGGACAUAAAGAAUGGUAUCAUAGAAAACUGUGUAAUAGGCAUGACCACAGAGUGGUUGCCGAAAAAUCUAUUGGAAGAGUUUAGCUCAUUUGUAAAGGGGUGCAAGUUCUGUCCGAAUGAAAUGCCAGCGCUGGUCGCAGCGUUCUUGAGAACAGCACCCAUGGGUGCAGAAUCGUCUUCCAAAAUGUAUAGCCUGUGUGAGAAAUUCGUUGAAAACAUGUGAUGGAAUAUAAA